ACGCUGGCGGGUGGGGCGGGGGGAGUCCUAGGUAGCCCGCCCUUCCAAGGAGAAGCGUCUCUUCGUCUCUAUGGUCCGCUGCUAGGGAACGGGGAGGCGCGCGGUGCACGCUGGGAAGGCCGAGUUCUCCUUCGCCGCCGCCGCCACCUUGAUUUUCUCCCGUCCCGGGGUCUGCGGAGAUGAGGCCCGUCGUCCCGCUGGCAGCGCGCUGCUGCCGCCUCUCGAAGAGGUUUUAUUCUCUCAAAACUGCACCUAAAGCUGGAGGCUCCUCAGCAGCCGCCGAGAGAAGGAAAAUACAGCUGCACCCGCAGGACCUUGAGAUUGCAAAGCUGCCCAAUGGCCUAGUGAUUGCCUCGCUGGAAAACUAUUCCCCAACUUCAAGAAUCGGUGUGUUUAUCAAAGCAGGCAGCAGGUAUGAGACCACGGCCAAUUUGGGAACUGCUCAUCUGCUCCGCCUCGCAUCCAACCUGACUACAAAAGGAGCUUCUGCUUUCAAGAUCACUCGCGGCAUUGAAGCUGUUGGAGGGAGCCUAAGUGUGACUUCUACCAGAGAAAACGUGGUUUAUUCUGUUGAAUGUCUGCGUGACUAUAUCGAUACUGUAAUGGAGUAUUUAAUAAACGUCACUACGGCUCCAGAAUUCAGGCGCUGGGAAGUCGAAGAUCUUCAGCCACGUUUAAGUAUUGACAAGGCAAUUGCAUUUCUCAACCCUCAAGUUGCUCUUCUUGAGAAUUUGCAUGCAGCAGCUUAUCGGAAUGCCCUUUCCAAUUCCUUAUACUGCCCUGACUACAUGGUUGGGAACCUUACAUCAGAACAGCUGCACCAGUUUGUUCAGAACAACUUCACAAGUGCAAGAAUGGCUCUGGUGGGGUUAGGUGUCAGUCACUCAGACCUAAAACAAGUUGGGGAGCAGUUCCUAAAUAUCCGAAGCGGGUCUGGCUCGGCUGGUGAGAAGGCCAAGUAUCGUGGAGGUGAAGUCCGAGAACAAAAUGGCCACAGCCUGGUCCAUGCUGCUGUGGUAGCAGAAGGCGCUGCCAUGGGAAGUGCCGAAGCCAAUGCCCUGAGCAUCCUCCAGCAUGUCCUGGGAGCUGGUCCACUUAUUAAAAGAGGAAGCAGCGUUACCAGUAAGCUCAUCCAGGGUGCUGCGAAGGCCUCUCCCUUGCCUUUUGAUGCGGCUGCAUUUAAUGUCAAUUACGCUGAUUCUGGACUCUUUGGCAUUUAUACUGUAUCCCAGGCUUCAGCUGCUGGAGAGGUAAUCAAGGCUACUUUGAACCAAGUGAAGGCCGUUGCCCAGGGUGGGAUAACUGAGGAAGAAGUCAAGAGAGCCAAAAACCAGCUGAAGGCAACUUUCUUGAUGGCAGUUGAGUCUUCAGAGGGCUUACUCGACGAUCUUGGCUCUCAGGCACUGGCAUUGGGGCAAUACACAUCGCCAACUGCUGUGGUUGAAGAAAUAGAUUCUGUGGCUACUGCUGACAUUGUUAAUGCUGCGAAGAAGUUUGUCAGUGGAAAGAAGUCAAUGGCUGCCAGCGGGGACCUGGGAAAUACCCCUUUUGUGGAUGAGUUGUAGGAAGUAAAAUGUGGAGCUUGGCUUCAAACUGGACUCGGCUCUGAGGCUGUUGUGUUGGUGGCUACGCUCCUUCUGCCUGUUGUGGGUUCCUAAUGCUCUGGAUCUAGAGGUUAUCAUCUCGAUAGACAGACUGAAUAAAGUGCAGAGCUCCUACUCUUGCAGAACUUC